UAAUGCAAUCUUCCUACCCCACCUACACUAUUACUAUAGAUGCAUUCAUAUCAAGAAGGCAUCGCACGCAGAAUUUCUAGCUGUGUAUGUAACAUUAAUUGUUCCAAUUUUAUUGGUUACCCUACAGUGACAGAGUGACCUAUCCAAUUCUUAUUACACAAUGUUUGUUGCACACAAUUUUAAAAAUCGUGUAAAAAUACGGUCUCAACUUAUUUACAUACUUCGUACACACUUGUGUGUAAUAAAUAGUGCCUAUCCAAUUUGUGACUUCUCUACUCAAAACUACAAAAACCGAGUAGUGUUCUUUGAAGGAAAUCCAAAAGUUUCCAUGGAUUUGAAUUCCUCUCUUUCUUCUAACACCAUUUUUGUCGUCUCAACUUUGACUAAGCCCACUGAGGAUGCCAAAUCUUCUCCUACUUCUUCUGAUGAGGUGCACAAGCCCAUUUGCUACUGGCCAGGAGUGUACCAUUCACCAGUGACAGAUGCAUUGUGGAACGAGAGGGUGAGCAUCAAUGAGAGGCUAUUUGACAUACCAGACGAUGCCCCUCCUCCUACUGAAUUGCUCACAAGAACUCCCUCAGAGAGUCGCACCACCAUUGUCUAUGCUUUCUCCUCCGACUCCACCUUGAGAGAGCAGUAUAAGGAUCCAUGGAAUGAGUUCAGAAUUGGAAAGUUGCUCGAAGACCUUGAUGCCUUGGCUUGCACCGUCACUUUCAAGCAUUGUUCUGAUGAUGAUAUCACGACAAGGCCUCUCAUGCUGGUCACAGCUUCUGUGGACAGGAUAGUGUUGAAGAAGCCGAUAAGUGUUGACAAAGAUCUUAAAAUAAGUGGUUCUAUUAUAUGGGUUGGCCGCUCCUCAAUUGAGAUUCAAAUGGAAGUCAUAACUGAAGGUGAGGGCCCUGAUGAUUCAGACUCUGUAGCCCUGACUGCCAACUUCAUCUUUGUGGCUCGUGACUACAAGACUAGCAAAGCUGCUCAAGUGAACCGGCUCACACCAGAAACUGAACAGGAAAAGUUCCUUUAUGAUGGAGCUGAAGCAAGAGAUAAAGCGAGAAGAAUGAAGAGGGGAGAAGAUAAAAAGCAAAGUGAUAAAUCGGAGGUGAAUAGAUUAGAAGCUUUGUUGUCCGAAGGCAGGAUUUUCUGUGACAUGCCAGCCUUGGCCGACAGAGACAGCAUUCUUCUUAGGGAUACUCAACUCGAAAAUGCUUUGAUAUGCCAUCCACAACAGAGAAACCUCCAUGGACGAAUCUUUGGAGGGUUUUUGAUGCACAAAGCAUUUGAAUUGGCUUUUUCAACGGCUUAUACCUUUGCUGGAAUAGUUCCUUCCUUUCUGGAAGUUGAUCAUGUUGAUUUCUAUAAACCUGUGGAUGUUGGAGAUUUCCUACGAUUCAAAUCAUGUGUUCUUUACACAGAACAUGACAAUCCUGAUCAGCCUCUAAUCUAUGUUGAAGUUGUUGCUCACGUUACGAGGCCUGAGAUGAGGUCUAGUGUGGUGUCAAACACUUUCUAUUUUACUUUCACUGUUCGUCCUGAGGCAAAAGCCACAAAGAAUGGAUUUAGGCUCAGGAACGUUGUUCCAGCAACAGAGGAAGAAGCUCGCCGUGUUCUAGAGCGCAUGGAUGCUGAGGCCCUGCAGAGAUCACAGAGCAUUUAAACGUACAACAAACCAUUCAAGGCAACUAGUAGUAUCUAUGCCAAUUCUGGUUGAAAGUUUGUGAGACUAAUUAUAUUAAAGAAAGAUCAGAAACGAAAGUAAGAUGGAGGGUUU